AAAAGGCUGGCUCAUCUCAUCUGACUUGUCAGUUGGUGCUCACAAAGAACAGAGCAGACAGCUCAGUUGAUUUGACUUCCGAUCUUGAUACUUUUUAGUUGUCUAGAUUGACUGGUUAUAGACAUAUAUUUUUGUACCGCCCAAGGGGACCAUGUCUGCCUUUGGAUACAGGAGAGAGAUCAGCAAGUAUGAAGAUAUUGAUGAAGAUGAGCUACUUGCUUCACUCUCACCAGAGGAGCUCCAAGAGCUAGAAAGAGAAUUGGAGGACAUUGAACCAGAUCACAAUCUUCCAGUUGGAAUGAGGCAAAAAAGUUUAACAGAGAAAUCUCCAACUGCUAACUUCAGCAGAGAAGCACUAAUGGCAUAUUGGGAGAAAGAAACCCAAAAGUUGAUGGAGAGAGAAACUGGCGCAAGUUCUGAGAAUUGCAAGGAGGAGGAAGAUGAGGGAAGUGAAGAAGAUGACUUUACAGGGAGCUACAGUGAGGUUUCUGAGGAGGUGUAUACAGAAGAAGAUGAAGAAGAAGUAGAGGAGGAAGAGAAAGAAGAAGAAGAAGAAGAAGCAGCAACUGAAGAAGAGGAGCAAGAAGUAGAAGAAAGUGAAAAGGAGGAUAGUGACAAGGAAGACACCAAAGAAGAGGUUGAGCAUAUAGAAAAAGAUCGCCAAGCUAUAAAAAUUCCUAUUCAGGUGCCAGAAAUAAAGUGCAAUGGAGUUGCUGUUGAGAAAUCCACCUGCAAUGGCUUUGGUGCAAAUCAUGGCAAAUAUAACAGACAAGCUGAUGAAACAAUGAACAAGACCUCUACAAGUCUUGUGCUCUCAAACCCAACUGUUAUUGAGGAGGUCCUAGAAAGCAUUAGAAGCAACGAUCCUGAGACAUUCGAAAUCAACCUAAAUAACAUGGAGAAUGCAAAGGCCGACACAUUGGUGGCAUUUGCAGAAGCUCUGAAAAACAACACUAAUGUUAAAAUAUUCAGUUUAGCAAACACUCAUGCUGAUGACAAUGUUGCAAUAGCUAUAGCUAAUAUACUGAGGGUUAAUAAAAGUAUUACAUGCCUAAACAUUGAAUCUAAUUUUAUAACAGGGAAGGGAAUUAUAGCCAUCAUGAGAGCUCUUCAGUAUGCAAACAAUGUGUUGACAGAACUGCGGUUUCACAAUCAGAGACACAUCAUGGGAAGUCAAGUGGAAAUGGAAAUAGUAAAAUUGCUAAGAGACAAUACAAGUAUUGUCAAGCUGGGUUAUCAUUUUGAGCUCCCAGGGCCUCGCAUGUCUAUGACAGGCAUCCUUACUCGAAAUAUGGACAAGCAGAGACAGAAAAGAAUGCAAGAACAAAAGGAAUCUGGUUAUGAUCCUGCUUCUAACCUAAAGACCAAGACUUUGCAGAAAGGAACUCCAGGGUCUUCUCCAUACCCUUCACCUAAAAGCUCACCAUGGUCAUCACCAAAAGUCACUAGAAAAGUUCAGUCUUCUGUCACUAUACCUCCACCACCACCUCCACCACCUCCUCCACCACCCCCUGCUCCUCCACUACUUCCAAUGGUUCAAGAAAAAAAGAUCCCAACUAGAAAUAUAGCUGAAGUUAUAAAGCAACAUGAAAGAUCAGCCAAGAAAAUUCAAAAUGGACAGAGUAAAACAAAGGGGAAAAAAAGCAGAAAAGAACAAAAUAAUAUUUUUAAAGAAAUAAAAAAUUCAUUAAGAUCAAUUUCAGAGAAGAAAGCUGAAGAAAGUUCAAGACCAUCAACACCACAAAGAUCUGCACAUGAUGAUCUUAUGGAAGCUAUAAGAGGCAGCAGUAUAAAACAGCUUAGAAAGGUGGACGUCCUGAAUUCAAUCCGAUAACAUCCACUAUAGAAAAGUUGAAAAAGAGGACAAAAAUGCUGUGCUAAGUUAUCUGCAGUAUAUGAAAUAUAUCCCUGAGCUAGCAAAGUGCACUCUUACAGCUGAAACAUACUGUACAUCUCUAGCAUUUUAACCGGCUGAAAUUUUAUGUAAAUAACUUUUUUUAAAUAUAUUUCCUUUUUGUUUCAUGUAGAAUACUCAAUUCAUGUUGGAAAUGGUCACAAGCCUUGUGUUUUGCACUAAAAUGGUUUCUUUCUUUGGCUUGUCUUUUUUUAUGACUAUACAAUAAAAAUUAUAAUGUUU